GGGGACAGUGUUGUAGGCCCAACAGUAUGUUAUAAACAGACUAUGAAAGCGUUAUAGUUAGAUGACAGAUAAUGAGCGAGUAAAGCUGAAUUUGCACAUUGUCCCAGAUUGUUGAUUAUGCAAAAUCAAGUAAAGGAAAAAAACAAAAGAAGAGACGAAGGAAAAGAGCAAGCAAAAUAAGUAGCAAAUAAGGCACAGUGCAACAAAGCAUACACACAAUGACGACAAGCCGCACAUGAAAACAAGUUUGAACGCUUCGACAAAGAUACGCUUCCAAUUGAUAGCUUUGCUGGAGCGUCAUGAGCUUCAUUAGGCAUUUCAUCUUGAAGUCAAACGGUCGCAAAACGGUUCCUCUCCAGACGCCAUCCAACGGACAUCAAUUGCAGAGAUCGCUAACGAUACAGAACGGCAAAGCGAGUGAAAUGGACAACACAAUACAUUCAGCGGGCAUUGCCGAGGUGCAUAAUGUACCAAUGAGCGUCAUAAAGCGACCAAUACCAUCCGUGUUGGACGAGCCAAAAGUUCAGUCACUCAUGGCAACGAUCAAUUCGGAAAGUAGCGAGGGUGAAGUGCCACCAGUGGAUAUCUUGUGGAUUAUCGGCAGCGAAGGAGGAAAUUAUUAUUUCAGCUUUGGCGGCUGUCAUCGUUUUGAGGCCUAUAAGCGCCUCAAUCGGGAAACCAUAAAAGCGAAACUAGUCCGUUCCACACUGGGUGAUCUUUACCAUUAUAUGGGAUCCAGUGCACCCAAGUAUUUGGCAUAAUUUAUUUAUUUAUAUUAUCUGCUGAGCUGUUAUCUUGUUUUUGUCUACAAACUAUUUGCCUUUUAUAUACAUGAAUAUUUUGUCUUAUAUUAAAUUAAAAAA